ACAUCUGCAACUUCUCUUCUACCAACCAUCUUCUUUCAAUCAACAAUAUAUCCAUUUAGAAUAUGGAACAGGCCUUUUCCUUUGAAUUUGAGCAUGAAUUUGUUCAAAACACCGAAAGAGUGAAAUCUGUUGAUCUGCAUCCAACUGAGCCAUGGAUUCUGCUGGGUUUGUAUUCAGGAACUAUUUCUAUCUGGAACUAUCAGACCAAGACUGAAGAAAAGACUUUAAAAGUUAGUGAAUUUCCAGUGAGAUCAGCAAAGUUCAUUGCUAGGGAAAAUUGGAUUGUGGCAGCAACUGAUGACAAAUACAUUCGAGUCUACAAUUAUGAAAAGAUGGAAAAGAUAGUAGAAUUUGAGGAACAUAAAGAUUACAUUAGGAGUUUGGCUGUUCAUCCUUCCCUGCCAUAUGUGGUGUCAGCUUCAGAUGACCAAGUUCUAAAAUUGUGGAAUUGGAGUGAAGGUUGGUCAUGCCAUAAGACCUUUGAAGGGCACUCGCAUUAUGUGAUGCAAGUGGCAUUUAACCCAAAGGAUCCAACUAGCUUUGCUAGUGCAUCCCUUGAUGGCACCUUGAAGAUUUGGUAUCUUGGUUCCUCAGCUCCAAAUUUUACCCUAGAUGGACACUCGAAAGGAGUGAAUUGUGUUGAUUACUUCAUAAGCGAUGACAAACAAUAUCUUCUAAGUGGUUCUGAUGAUUACACUGCCAAGGUAUGGGAUUUCCAUUCUAGAAACUCUGUAGAGACACUUGAAGGACAUGAAAACAAUGUUACCGCAAUAUGUGCUCAUACUGAGCUUCCCAUAAUAAUAACAGCUUCAGAGGAUUCUACCGUUAAAAUAUGGGACGCUAUCACAUACAGGCUUCAGACCACGUUGAACUUUGGUCUUGAGAGAGUGUGGAGCAUUGGAUACAAGAAAGGAUCAUCUCAGCUUGCUUUUGGUUGUGACAAAGGAUUCAUCAUCGUUAAUGUGAACCUCCCAGUUCCAAAUAAAACAAGUUUUAAAGUGAUUAGUUAAAAAAAAUAGUGAUUGAGAAUUUGAUGAAAAAUAUGCACUUCAAGUUUUUAAAACCUCAAUCAUUAUUUUUAUAAUUAAUUAUUAUAAUUCUGCAGCUUACUUUCUAAAAUACACUUUUCACUUUACAAUAAGCCUGUCUGUUGCUGGUGAUACUGUGAUUGCAAUCGUGACAAGUCUAAAAUAAAUGACCAACUUUUGGCUGCCGAAGGACAUGUAGUUAUGCUGAAGAUUAACUGCAGAUGGAAUAUGAUAUUCGAAUUUGCCGUUGAUUGUUUGUUUUAAAGUUGUUACCAGAAUAAGCGAAUUUAGAAUCUACGUUAGCCCUUUAUUGUGACUGUUCCUUAUGUAAUAUACAGUAUGUUAUACACUGUAGUUUUGCCUAGUUGAUGAUAAUAAUAAUAAUAAUAAGAAAAAGUGUUAUCACAAUAGUUUUCUUUCCG